CCCAUUACCCCGGCGCCUCCCGACACCUCAAUACCCACAACCCCCAGCUCCAUGAAACGUCAGCCGCAGUCAGCGUUGCAUCUCCAACAUGGCGUCGCUGGGAAGGAGGCGCGCUGUCCCAGUAAACAGGGAGAGGGGAGUGAUGGCGGCCACCGACUGCUACAUCGUGCACGAGAUCUACAACGGGGAGAACGCCCAGGACCAGUUUGAGUUCGAGCUGGAGCAGGCGCUAGAGGCGCAGUACAAGUACAUCGUCAUCGAGCCCACGCGCAUCGGCGACGAGACCGCCCGCUGGAUCGCCGUGGGCAACUGCCUCCACAAGACGGCGGUGCUGUCGGGCACGGCCUGCCUGCUGACGCCGCUGUCCCUCCCCCCGGAGUACUCCCGCUACGUGGCGCUGCCCGCCGGCGCCCUGAGCGUGGCGUGCUCCGCCCUCUACGGCAUCUCGUGGCAGUUCGACCCCUGCUGCAAGUACCAGGUGGAGUACGACGGCCAAAGACUCUCGCGGCUGCCGCUGCACACGCUCACCUCGUCCACGCCGGUGGUGCUGGUCCGGCGCGACGACGUGCACAGAAAGAGACUCCACAACACGAUAGCGCUGGCCGCCCUGGCCUACUGCGCCAAGAAGAUCUACGAACUCUACGCCGUAUGAGCCCGCCACGCCCGGCUCAGCCAACCACAGCUGGAGAGGAGGAGUUUAAAACAUAACAAAAUAAAUCUGAAUAUCAAUUUGAAUUGAACCCCCAGAAGUUAGGAACAGAGGCCGGUUCUAGGGUACCAUGACACCCGGUCACCGGGGUAACGAGGUAUCAGGGUACCCGGUACCAGGCCAGGGAGCUCUGCCUGUUGGCUGCUUCCAUGUUGAACUUGAAACAAUCACGGGACGGAGUUAAACCAGAAGGACCCCCCCCCAAUGUCCCCCGCCUGUAAAUGACGACCUCCGCCCCUUGACCCCUGACCUCCCAGUACCGGAGUCUGAAGUCUUUUGGACAGAAAGUGUUGCAGUUCGAACCGGACCGAGUGUUUUGAGUAGUACCGUCAUGCUCUGCCCCCCCCCCCCCCCCCCAUGUAGUUUACCGUGUCCCUUUUAUUUUUGCUUUUUUUCAUUAAAGAGAUUCUACAGUGUCUCCUGGACAGAGUAACACGUAUGUUAUUUCAUGUGUAAAUGUGUUUUACGUACAUCUGCAUGAUUUAUGACCACCACACAGUGGACUUGAGCGGGGAACACAGCUGUAGUUAUCUUCUAGGUGUUGUUAAAAAAAGAUCUACAAGAUCUCAUGCAACGAUUCCGAACACCUUGGAAUAAGGGGUCUGGGUUUCAAUGAUUCAGAAUUCCUACAACCAACAAAAUGACGGUGGUUUCAACGUUUAUCAAAAUGUAUGUAGAGUAUUAAGUGGAACAGAGCAGGUGGACCUAAUGUUCUGAUUAUGUAAUUAAGUGAAGGUGUCAUCACCGUGAAAUGGCAGUGUGUGAUUGUCUUCAGUUCUUUAACGAUACAAUUUCGAGUUCCUUCGGGAUUUAUUAUUUUCCGCUCUUAUUUUGAAAGAGGGGCCGUGGAUGAUACGGUGGUCUCCACUCAAGCCUCCAACGCUCCUUGCUCUGGUGAGAAACGGGUGAACGCGUCUACAUAACCUCCUUAAGGUAGAAAGUUAGAAAAAUUUACUUUAGUGACUUGUUUGGCCGUCACCACUCUAAAAUAAUAUCUGUUUCGGGCAUUGGUAUGCCGCGGUCAAUAACUUGUCGUGUAGACCUACACAGUUGCAAUUUGAAUAAUGAAUGUUGGAUUCUACAGUGAAAGCAAUAAAUUCAGAGAUUAAAUAAAUA